AUGCAGCUGACCGCUCUCACCCUCCUUGCCGCCGCCACGGGUUCCGUGUCCGCCGCAGUCCUAACCCCCAAGGACGCGAGCACCACAUACACCCUCACUGCACAAAGUGAAAACCAGGUCAUCUACGGAGGGGUCAUUAGCGCGAGCGGAACGCAGCUGUGGGUAUCGCUUCCCCAGGACUUGCAGGAUGCAAACUGCGGACAGGAGGUGUUGCAAGACGGUGCGGCCAUUGUGUUUCUCCAAGAGGGGCCCGAGGAGCUAUUUCUAUAUGGUGGCCAGGACAAGGGCAACCUGGUGUACAUCGAUAACCUCAACUAUACAUCCAGUAACGCGGAAGUACUUUCAGGUUGGUCUAUAGACCCUGACGCUAAGUUGCUGUUCUUCAGUGGAAGUAACUUCCUGGCCUGUCCUGGUCCUGAGGAGUCCAACGGUGCGUAUACGGUCGACAUAUUGCUCCGUAGCGCUAACCUGGAAGUACACACCGACUGCUUCGAAAUUAACAUCCUGCCCACCCUCAAGGACAAUCCAGUGGCCUGCAGGUACACCGAGGAGGAGUAG